AUGCAUGUUUGCCACGAGUCUCGGCAAUUCGUUCAGAACUCCAUGCUGAGUGGAAUUGAAUUCAAGCGUCCGGACUCGGCCAUUGACACGGUCAAUUUCUCUGUGCCAUUUCGACCUUACCAGCCAGAUUUGGAUACCCUCUUCUGCCAAAAUCAGGGCCCGGCAUCUCUGGAAGACAUCUCAGCGAAGACAAAUUCGAGCACGUUCUUCAAGAAACACGUCAUUUAG